AUGGAAGCCAACGAUAUUUCACCCUCGCCACCAUCACAAUCCGACCCCUCCUCGUUCCCGGGAGUUGUCUUCACCCCUCCUGUUCAUGACACCGCCUUGUCUUCAGCCUCGCCGGUCUUAGAAGCAUUAGGCUCCAUCAACAAUGUCGACAGCGAUACAGCUAUGCGGACCGGUGCAUGGGCAAAAUCAAUACCGUUUGGGAAAAGUCCCCCAACCGACCUGCCGGAACCUGGCUUUACUAGCGGCUCUCCCCUGAGUAUUCCGACGCCAUUUGAACGUCCAGGAUUCGGAAGCCACGUCUCGUCAUCGGCGUCUCCCCCUCCAGCGAGAGCUCGACCGACUAGCUACAGUCAAGCCGGCUUUGCCUCCUCGCGUCAUCGAUCUACAGAUAGGCAGAUGCGCCAUUCAAUGGGCGGCCAUCUUCAAAACCAGCCUCCCCUGCCACAUCUGCCCCAGGCCCACUUCUAUGGAGCGCCAGAAGUGGACAUUCCUGUGCCGAACAGGCUCAGUGCCGAGGAUAAUUAUUCGUUCUGUGGCUGGGAUACCAUAUCGGACCAGUCUUUGAAAACAAGCAAAUUAGGAGGGCGAGUGCUUGUGGUGGGAACCGAUGGGGGACUGGAUGUCAUGUCGAUUGAAGACCAAAGGACACGCACUGUGGGGAGCUUGACUGGCUUAAAUGGCCGCGUUUUGGAUGCAAAGAUACUGUCGCAUACAUCUAAAGACGACUCAUACGCCUCUUCGCGUCCUCAUGUGGCUGUCAUUCUACAUGGCCCCAUGGCCCAUAAAGAAGACGCUGUAGAGACCUCCUCUGCAGGGUCUGAGCAGAACGAGAUUCUUCCCGGCUUGCCUGUAAGACCACCAAAUGGGGACCAGCGACCACAGGCCAAAGAUGAAACAGUAUAUCAAACCAGUGUGGAGAUCUAUUCAAUCAGGACCGGGGAACAUAUCGCAACCCUUUUCCAAAGCAAACCCGCACCUUGUUUUGACAGCUAUCCAAACCUCUCUUUGUUGGCUCCAGCACCCGUUGGAAAUUUGAGACUGUUCACCACUCAUAAUUAUGUUGUCGUCGCUUCUGGAGUGAGUGGCGAAGUAUUUAUUUAUGGGCUUGUAUUAUCUGGCGCACCCGGAUACCAAUGCCUGGGCAAGACGUGGACUAGUGUACAAUCAAGAGAAUCAAGGCGCUACUCGACAUCUUCUAGUUCCACGGAUCAGGAUGGUUCGCAAGCUGAUGGCCAAUACGGUACGGCUUUUACGGAAAAUCCUAUCGUGUCUCUUCAUGGGCGUUGGUUGGCCAUUGUUCCACCGUCGUCCUCGUCAAGAGCUCCGCCUCUUGGAAAAGUCCCUGCGCAUCUUAUACAGAGAAAGAUUCCUGGCCUCGAUACCCACAUACCCCCAUCAAAGCCGGCUAUAAACUGCGCCACAGAUUUAGGGGAGGGUGAAAGCUUAUUCGACAAAGUUGCCAGGGGGGUGGCUCAGGAGCUCGUCAAAGGUGCUCGAUGGAUGGGCGAUCAAGGACUUCAAGCGUGGAAUAACUAUUGGAAUAAAGAUCAACAAUCGACACAAAAUGGCAAUCCACGUCGUUCUCCACAGUACGAGACGCAGCAGGGAACACAUGGUUUGUUCCCUCCUACUCAUGGCCAGGAAACAUCUGGAGCAUCUUCGGAGCCGGAGUUGGUUUCAAUAAUUGACUUGAAAAAGUUGGAGGACGGACAAGAUCCCAAGGGCUCUGCGUCAGCAACGGUUGUCACCUUCCAGCCUCGAAAUGGUUGCAGUUUUCUCUCAUUCUCGCCGAAUGGACACAUGCUAUUAAGCGCCAGUAGAAAGGGUGAUGUUCAAUAUGUUUGGGAUCUCAUGCAAGCCAAACAUUGCAGAUCUGCUGUUUUCCUCUCUGAAGAAUUGGCAAGCAACAGCCCCGCUACUGCCCAUGUUCGAUUGAUAGCUCGGUAUUCUCGGUUGACUACUUCGAGUAUUGUGGAUGUCGCAUGGACCUAUCCAACGGGUGAGAGAUUCGCCAUAAUUACACGCAAAGGGACUGUGCAUGUGUUUGACAUUCCGCGACCUGCGUUUCAAUGGCCACCUCUCCGGCGGGUGCAAUCGAAAGCUAAGGGCCCCCAUCCAGAGGAAAGAUCCUCGCCAACAGCUGAUCUGGAUGAGAAAGCGUCAUCGAGUAGUCCAUUUACCACUGCCAUGAAACUUGUAGGAGGCUCGACACAACCUAUACUUGCCGCUGUAAGAAGUCGCACACCCAGUGUUAGUGCCAACUUUUCCGGGACAUCAGGGUUUGGCAUUUCGUCAGCAGCUGGCAUUGGCGGCAAAGCCGUGGCAGCAGGCCUAAGCAAGUCUGUGGGCGCAGCCACUGGCACUGUUAAUACGUUGCGUCAUGUGGGAGAGAAUCGUUUACACCUCACUGGUUUCGCAAGAGACCCCGUACCGUCCCGCGUGACUUGGAUAUCUACUCGCAACGAAUCUUUACUUGGCAUUGUUGACCAUGGGUUAUUCAAGCUGUAUAAGAUCAAACGGCAUACAGACCGAGACAAGGCACGACGCCAACAAGCUGUUAUAGGAGCGAAGGUGCUUGAUCUCAAGCUACCAUUGUAUUUGCGGAACCCAUGUGGACCUUUACAAAUUGGUUUACCCGUUGACGGAAAUGUUCGUGGGAGCUGGUCGUUGCCAUCACAUGCACCACAUUCCUCAUCCGCCACGAAAAUGAAGUCUCAACCACUCUCGCAGGCCGAGAUUGAGACCAAUACACCAUAUCAGCCUUUCCACACGGACCGCAGAGUCAAUCUUUAUGUAUUGCGAGACUCUGCUUCAGCCUCAAGUCACAUGCAAGGACCAUGGGUGUUUGGAAAUGACAUCCCGGCUCAGAAGAUUCAUGUCCGACCCCUUAAUCAGAGCGAUGAUGAAGAAGACUUGCUAGAUGGAAUAAGUGGUGCUCCUGAAAUGGAGAAUCUAAUAAGGCUUGGAAAUAGUGCUGACCAAGUUGAAGAAGUUGUCAUCACUACCAGGCGUAAAAAGAAGCACUCUGAUGCGCCAUCUAUCGCGUCCCCAGCUGACGAUGACGACGGCUUUUUCGAGAAUGAUUGUGAUAUUCUUGAUUUUGCACGAGACAGGGUUUGA